AUGUCAAAAAGUGGAAGUGUAUCAAGGAGUGGUAAUAGAGUGUCAUCGUCAUCUCUAUCGCCGCAGCCGUUGAGCCGGCUGAGCUUUUGCUCGCAGUUAGCAACUCACUAUUCUCCAAUUGUGUUCCCAGAGAAGCGUACUAAGAAGCUGCAGGCUUCCUCUCGAUGUGACAAAGCCUCUGUCGUGGAUGAUCAGCCGAAUAAAUCGAAGAAUGAUGACCACCGGAUCGAUAUCGAAGAAGGGGAUGAAAAAUCUGAUUUGCUUGGUUAUGUGGUUCACUCAGGGAGGCUCAUAUUUGACAACAAAAAGAAUGUUCCCGCUAAUACUAAUUCUGCUGAUCUAGAGCAGAAUUCUGCCACUGAUAUUGUCAACCAAGAAGCUGUUGCUGCUAAACUCACUAGCAAGGCAUUGGUUUGGGGUUCUCGUGUCUUGUCUCUAGAUGAUGUCGUCUCGGUAUCUUACAAUGUUGGUGUUAGACAUUUCAUUGUGCAUUCUUAUCCUCUAAAAAAGGGUUCUUAUGGCCUUUCGUGUUUUAUUAAACCAAAGAGAAGGCGAAAGGAUAAUUGUUUCGUGGCUUCUAGUGUAGAAGAGGCAGUUCGAUGGGUUGUUGGGUUUGCAGAUCAGCAGUGUUUUAUCAAUUGUUUGUCUCAGACUUUCAUUUCUUCAAAGGAACAAGGUUCUGAAACUUUUCCCGUCGAUACUCCUCCUGAACUCUUGGUUAGGUGCAAGAAUCCACCAAAAAUGCUUGUUAUAUUGAAUCCAAGGUCAGGCCAUGGUCGUUCUAUUAAAGUUUUCCAUGGCAUUGCUGAACCAAUAUUCAAGCUUGCAGGGUUUAAAUUGGAGGUAGUCAAAACAGCAUCUGCCGGCCAUGCAAAAAAGCUGGCAUCCACUGUUGAUAUCAGUACAUUCCCUGAUGGAAUUAUAUGUGUUGGGGGUGAUGGUAUUAUCAAUGAGGUUCUAAAUGGUCUGCUUCAUAGAGACAAUCAAAAAGAAGGAAUUUCUAUACCCAUUGGAAUUAUACCAGCAGGUUCUGACAAUUCACUGGUUUGGACUGUUCUUGGAGUUAGAGAUCCAGUCUCUGCUGCAAUUUCUAUCGUUAAGGGAGGUCUUACUGCGACAGAUGUUUUUGCUGUUGAGUGGGUUCAGACCGGUAUUAUUCACUUUGGGAUGACGUGCUCCUAUUAUGGUUUUGCCAGUGAUGUGUUAGAACUUUCUGAGAAAUAUCAGAAACGAUUUGGUCCUCUUCGAUAUUUUGUUGCUGGGUUCCAAAAAUUUCUGUGGUUGCCAAAGUACAACUAUGAAGUUGAGUACCUUCCAGCUGCAAAAGAGGAUCGAGGCUGUAAAAACUCUGCUGAUAGGGAAGUGGUUGACAUUUCAGACCUGUACACAGACGUUAUGAGGAGGUCAAACAAGGAUGGCAUUCCCAGAGCUUCUAGUUUAUCUAGUAUAGAUUCAAUAAUGACUCCUAGCAGAAUGUCUGGAGGUGAGAUGGACACAUUUGGUACCACCCAUGCCGGCACCGAACCAUCUGAUUACGUGCGAGGCCUUGAUCCCAAGAUCAAAUGGCCAUCAUCUGGGCGAAGCAAUGUGACAGCUGAGCCGGAGGUUUUUCAUCCCCAGUUACCACAUUCAGCCACUCUAAACUGGCCUAGGACCAGAACAAAAUCCAGGACAGAUAAAGGAUGGAGUGGGUUAACGGCAGCAAAUGAUCCUUCUAGAUGUUCUCGGGGUAAUGCUGCAAUACAUGACAAAGAGGAUAUAUCUUCUACGUUGUCCGAUCCAGGUCCAAUUUGGGAUGCUGAACCAAAGUGGGAUGCUGAACCAAAGUGGGACGCUGAGGUUAAUUGGGAUGUCGAAAAUCUAAUUGUGUUACCAGGGCCAUCCAAUGAUGUUGAAUCGGGAGGAAAUAAGGAAGCUGUACCAAGACUAAAAGAUAAAUGGAUUGUAACUAAGGGGCCGUUUCUCGGCAUCUUUGUGUGCAACCAUGCAUGCAGAACUGUGCAGAGUUCUCAGGUGGUGGCUCCAAGAGCUGAACACGAUGACAACACCAUGGAUAUGCUUUUAGUCCACGGGAGUGGGCGACUGAGGCUGAUGAGAUUUUUCUUGCUGCUACAGAUGGGUAAACACCUUUCACUGCCAUUUGUGGAGUAUGUUAAGGUGAAAUCGGUUAAGAUCAAGGCCGGGAAACAUACGCAUAACGGUUGUGGCAUCGACGGCGAGCUUUUUCCCCUCAAGGGACAAGUAGUAUCAUCUUUGCUUCCAGAACAGUGCAGACUAAUUGGUCGCAUCCCAGACCGUCAUGUAUAAACGGCCAAAACAGGCAAUGAGGGUUGCUGUAAAUUCUUUUUGUCAAGAAUUUAUCCAUGUAUCUCUUGUUUAUUUGUUUCUCCUUUUUUCACAACUCUUUGGCAUAUACUCUUCUCUUGUUCAUUUCUUUGUGUAUAGCAUAUGAACAC